AUGGCUGAUAUCAACGUCGACGUUCUCGUUAUCGGUGCCGGGCCAACGGGCCUGGGAGCCGCCAAGCGCCUCAACCAGAUUAACGGUCCCUCGUGGCUCAUCGUGGACGCCAACGACAAGGCUGGCGGUCUCGCCUCGACCGACGUGACUCCCGAAGGCUUUCUGUACGACGUCGGUGGCCAUGUGAUCUUCUCUCACUACAAGUACUUUGAUGACUGCCUGGACGAGGCUCUUCCCAAGGAAGAUGACUGGUACCACCACCAGCGGAUCUCGUACGUGCGGUACAAGGGCCUCUGGGUGCCGUACCCGUUCCAGAACAACAUCUCGAUGCUGCCCAAGGAUGACCAGGUCAAGUGCAUCGACGGGCUGUUCGACGCGGCGCUCGAGCACCGCGUGGCCAACACCAAGCCGACCAACUUUGACGAGUGGAUUCUGCGCAACACGGGCGAGGGUAUUGCCAACAUCUUCAUGCGGCCGUACAACUACAAGGUGUGGGCGGUGCCGACGACCAAGAUGCAGUGCGCAUGGCUGGGCGAGCGUGUGGCCGCGCCUGACGUCAAGUCUGUGACCCGCAACGUCAUCCUCAACAAGGUUGCCGGCAACUGGGGUCCCAACGCAACCUUCCGCUUCCCGGCGCGGGAUGGCACCGGCGGGAUCUGGAUUGCCGUGGCCAACACGCUGCCGGAGAAGAAGACGCUCUUUGGCAAGAAGGGCGAGGUGACCAAGGUCGAUGCCGACAAGAAGACGGUCACGCUGGCCAACGGCACCACGGUUGGUUACGGCACGCUGGUCAACACCAUGGCGGUCGACCAGCUGGUCGAGAAGAUGGGCGACAGCGAGCUGAUCAGCCUGUCCAGGGAGCUGUACUACUCGUCGACGCAUGUUAUUGGUGUCGGCAUCCGUGGCGAGCGUCCGGAGCGCAUUGGCGACAAGUGCUGGCUGUACUUCCCCGAGGACAACUGCCCGUUCUACCGGGCGACGAUCUUCUCCAACUACUCGCCGUUCAACCAGCCAGAGGCGGACGUGAAGCUGCCGACGCUGCAGCUGGCCGACGGCAGCAAGCCGGCAUCCAGCGAAGCCGAGGCCGGCCCGUACUGGUCGAUCAUGCUGGAGGUGUCGCAGUCGACGCAGAAGCCGGUGGACGAGGCCAACCUGCUGCGGGACUGCAUUCAGGGUCUGGUCAACACGGAGAUGAUCAAGCCGGACGACGCGAUCGUGUCGACGUACCACCGCAAGUUCGAUCACGGCUACCCGACGCCGGCGCUCGAGCGCGAAGGCGCACUCAAGCAGCUGCUGCCCAAGCUGCAGGCCAAGGACAUCCUCUCGCGCGGCCGCUUCGGCAGCUGGCGGUACGAGGUCGGCAACCAGGACCACUCGUUCAUGCUCGGCGUCGAAGCCGUCGACCACAUCGUCAACGGCGCCGUCGAGCUGACGCUUAACUACCCCGACUUUGUCAACUCGCGCCAGAACACGGAGCGUCGUCUGGCACAGACCUUUGCCUUUGGUACACCGGCGGAGACGGCACUGCCCACCCGCUAG